AUGGUAACAUCUUCUCAAUCUUCAAUUAAAUCAAGAAGUAAUGAUGAUGAAUGUAAAAAGGAAAAACUUACUAUCGAUGAUCGAAACCGAUCAACUAAUUCAACAUUAUCAAAUCCAUGUGCUCUUUGUCUGACAGACGAAAAGCAAUUAGCUUGUAUACCAUGUGGUCAUUCGUUGCGUUUGUGUCCAAUAUGUCGACGAGAAAUCAGUGCAUUUGCUAGAAUUUAUAUUUAA